AUGCCCAAAUUCUUCUGCGACUAUUGCGAUGUAUACCUCACGCACGAUUCCAUGUCGGUGCGCAAGUCGCACAAUACUGGCCGUAACCACUUGAGGAACGUUACCGAUUACUAUCAGCAGAUUGGACAUGAGAAGGCGCAGUCGGUCAUCGAUUCGAUCACGAACUCGUACGCGGCAGAAGGGCUUCAACAACCAAAUCCUAUGCUACAGCACGCUGGUGCUCCUCCAGGUUUUCCUCCUAUGGGAUUUCCUGGAAUGCCACCACCUCCGUUUGCUGGUCCUCCAGGUCAACCUGGUAUGAUGCCGCCAGGCGGACGAGGCAUGCCUUUUCCUCCAUUCGCGCCUAAUGGUGCUCCACCAAAUAUGCCAAACGGUAUGCCCUUUAAUCCUCCUCAAGGCUUUCCACCCAAUUUUCAACCACAAUUUCCUUCUGGAGGCUUCAACAUGAACCAGCAGCCUAGCCAGAUGGGCCAGCACGGUCCACCUGGUGGUUCUGUUCCUCCGCCUGGUCAAGUCCAGAGUCCUCCCCCGGGAUAUGGCGCACCACCUGGUUCUGCACCACCACCGGGCAUGAACAGACGUUAG